CCGCGCGCGACGUGACACGCCAAGCUCUACCUAGCUAGCGUGCUCCAUGUCCAUCACUAGCUAGCUUCAGUGACGGCCUCUCGCCUCCACCAAUGGCCUAUAAAUCCAGGCUCCCAGCUCGUCUUCUUCCCUCGCACACCAGCUAGCUAUAGCUAAGCCCCCCAAGAGACAUCGAGAGCGAGAUCGCCAUGGCCGCCGCCGCCGCCAAGAACGGCCGCAUUGCCGUCGCCGCGCUCCUCCUGGCGGCGCUGGCCCUGUCCGCGCAGCUCGCGCCGGCCGCGGCGUGCUCCUACUGCCCGACGCCGAAGCCGCCUCCGCCGCCGCCGCCGGCGCCGUCCGGCGUCCCGUGCCCGCCGCCGCCGUACACCCCCACCCCGGCGACGCCGACGGGGAAGUGCCCGGUGAACACGCUGAAGCUGCUGGCGUGCGUGGACGCGCUGAACGGGCUGGUGCACGCGGUGGUCGGCGCCAAGGCCAGCGACACCUGCUGCCCGCUGCUGUCCGGCGUCGCCGACCUCGACGCCGCGCUCUGCCUCUGCACCGCCAUCAAGGCCAAGGCGCUCGGCGUCAGCCUCGUCCUCCCCGUUGCCAUCUCCGUGCUCGUCAACGAGUGCGGCAAGCACGUCCCCUCCAGCUUCCAGUGCCCAUCAUAAAUCACCUCAAUUAUGUAUGAUCACUAAUUAAUUAAUAAUCACCUACUGCAUCUGAUCUCUGCAUGCAUGCAUGGAUUAAUUAAUUAAGCUAUCAAAUUACAUAUUACCUGCAUAAUUAAUAAGUAUAGUUUAUCACCUGGCUAUGCUAUAUACAUAUAAAUAUAUAUAGUGACAUAUGUAGCAUAUAUACAUGAGCUCUGACUUGUGUCAUGGAGAUGUGGAGGCAUGCAUGGAGCCUUGGAUUGUGCAUUUAAUUGAUGUAUAAUAAUAUUUGUGUAACAUAUAUUUUGCUGUGUCAUGCAUAUAUGCAUGUGGAGUUGUGGUAUUUGGUUUGUAGUGGUUUGGGAGAUUUAUUAUGAAAUAAAGAGUGUGUGAUAUGUAUGCUAUGAAAUACAAAGUUUGAUGUGUAUGUAUCAUAUGUAUAUGUGUGGCUGAUAAAGCCUGUCAUUCUGUCAACUUUCAUAUAUAGUAUAAAACGUGCUAUGUUGUGCUUAAAUGAA